AUGAACGCCACGUCCACCUCCACGUCCUUUAUUCCGCACUGUUGGGCCAAGAAUUUUAAUUGCAUAUUUCUGGGGUCCGCAUUUAGUUGCCUAACCAGUGACAACGGCUUUGCCAGUGGACAGGACACGCAGCUAAAGCUCUUGCUGGAGCUGCGAUCCACCCACCGGGAUGAGUUUGGAACUCAGCGCGUCUAUAAGAAAACAUCGCCCAAUUGCGUGCUGACCUUGUAUCUGCCCACGCGGGAGAUAACCCUCACCGGCAACAAUCCGUCCGUGCUGCGGGGCAUCGUCUACGUGGACCCCAAGGCCAUCCAGGGAUAUCGCGUAUACGCCCAGCUGACGCUUACAUUUCGCUAUGGUCGCGAGGACGAGGAAGUGAUGGGUCUGCGAUUCUGCAACGAAGCCAUCAUGUCGCUGCAUCAGAUUUGGCCACGCCUCGAGGAGCCAUCGCCGGAGUCCCUCAGCCCCUUGCAGGAGGCUUUGAUGAAACGUUUGGGAGAUGGAGCCCAUCCCUUCACCCUUACCUUGUCGGCCCAUGCCCCGCCCAGCGUCCAACUGGUUCCGGCUAAGCGGUACUACGGCGCCCCCAUUGGCACCAGCUACGAUGUCCGCUGCUUCAUUGCCGACAAGACGGAUGAGAAAUUCCAUCGUCGGGCCUCCGUUAAAAUGGGCGUCAGAGUCAUCUAUCGGACGGACGUAUUCCAUCACCAGCACGCCGCUCCCGCCGAGCACUUUGCCGCCUUUGCCGGCGGCCAGCACAGCGCCCAGUCGCCACCGGCCAGUGCCACGCCCCCGCCAGCCGGUGAGGGUGGGGAGCAACAACAGCAACAACAGGCCACAGGAGCCAAGCACAAGAACAAGUCCGAGCGGGGAGACUCCUUCCCCAAGUUGCGGCUCUCGCCCAAGUCCUUCCGCUUCAGCGGUCGGUUUGGACGUAGCAAGAGCGAGAUCGAGAAGUGUCCCAACGAUCCCUUCCACAGCUACAGCAAGUCCUUCCAGGAGCAUUGUGACAGCAUGUUGCCGCCUCACAGUGGCGCUGGGGUAACCGGUGGCAUCGGGGGCGUCAGCGUGGGACCCUGCGGUGGACCUCAGGGCGCCGUCGACAAGCCGUUCCUGCUGCACGACGGCCGGGUGGCGCUGCGGGCCAGCCUGGACAAGGGCUGGUACACCCACGGCGAGGACGUGAAUGUGACGAUCAACAUUCGCAACGACAGCCGCAAGACGGUGCGAAAAGUUCGGGUCUGUGCCAUCCAGCACGUGGAUGUCUGCAUGUUCAACAAUGGAAAGUUUAAGAACGUUGUUGCCGAUUCGGACAACGUGACCCCACCCGUGGACAGGACAGUUGCGGCCGGUGCCUCCUUGAACACCACCGUGGCUCUCCGUCCGCAGCGGGGCCCCACCAAGAACUGGAUCGCUUUGGAGGACACCUUGCAGCGCAGCACCGAGCCGGAGGAGAUCACCGGCGCCAUUGCCGCCUCGGCCAUCCGUUCACCGCACUUUGUGACCCAGACAGCCCAGCUUCUGGCGGGUCAUCCGCUGGCCAGUCCGGCCGUAACUUCGCCGCAUCCCCAUCAUUAUCAUCCGGCGGGCAACCAAGCGCAGGGCAACUUCGGCUCUGCAGCAGUCGGAGCGGAGGAGAGGAACGUGUUCGCCAUCUACGUGUCCUACUACGUCAAGGUCAAGCUGACCCUCAGCGGCAUGGGCGGGGAGCUGUCUCUGAAGCUACCCUUCGUCCUGGUCCAUGUGGACGAGACCCAGCGCCCCGGCUUCGCCUCCGCCACCUUGGGCGAGCUGCGCAUGGAAAUGGAGCGUCUGGCUCUGCAGGAUGUCCCAGUCGGACGGCGCAACAACGGACGACGUACUGUCCAGGAUAUAGGCGAUGGUCCUUCCACUAGUGCAGCUGCUGCUGCUGCCGCCGCCGCUGCCGCUGCUUCCGGUUCCGGUUCUGGGGGCUCCUCCGCGGGAACUUCUGCUGCCCAGACCCAGACUCACGGCCAUCACCUGGACAGGAUCGAGUCCGUGGACGAUGAGUUCAAUAUACGGAUUGCUGUGCCGCGCAAGAAUUCCCAUAAAAGGCGACUGCAGCGCAGCGAGACUCUGGCCCGGGACCUGGAGGAGAAUGAGAAUGAAAGCGGAUGCGCAGCCGAUCUGGAAAGGGAACAGGAGGACGAGGCUGAGGAGCACAUUGUCCAGAUCCACUUGGAGCAAAUCUCGCCGGACCGGGAGCCUGAAGUGGAGCCAGAGAGAGAGCACCGGGCACCUGGCGCCGAGACAGGUGCCGUGCCAAAGUCCUCGAAUGUGUGAUUCUGAUUGUGGUCCCAGAUGUUUGCCAAGCGCAGAAGGAAGCCGUAGGUGGCAGCCACUGGGAGAUUCACAAAAAACAUAAAGGAUAUCUAGAAGAAAGGGAAAUAAGGGAAGAAAGGCUGACGAGGCAUCAAAAGAAAGGGCUCUGGAGAGUUACUAAGUUACUACAAGAAAAGUAUUCGAAGGAAAAUAUAAGUAUUUGGAAAAAAAAGGAUCUUUAAAAAAAAUAUCAAAAAUGUUAAAGUAUCUAAUGAAUAGGAAUCUGAAAGAAAAUCAUGUGAAGGUAUAUG